AUGUUGCAUUUCGUGGUUUUUAUCUUGUGUGAUGAAGUAUUGUUCUAUGUUUUGCAUUAUGCCUUUCACAAAGUCUCCUUCCUGUACAAACAUAUUCAUUAUUUUCAUCAUGAAUUGAGAUAUACAGUGAGUGUGGGUUGUGAAUAUGCUCAUCCAUUGGAAUUUCUGUUUGGAAAUGUGGUUCCCGUGUUGUUGGGACCUGUCUUGAUGAGAACGCAUUUGUUUUGGUAUUGGGUGUGGAUUGCAUACAAGUUGUUGGAAACAAGUUAUGUACAUAGUGGAUUUGAUUUCAAAUUAUUUGGACGAUUGCAGUUUGGAACCAAUGAACAUGCCUAUCAUCACAGUCACUAUCAAGAUGCCUAUGGUGCUUGGUAUGGAUUGAUGGAUACAAUGUUUAGAACUACGAAUCACUUUAAGGAAUACAUGAAAAAGAAGAAGGUGAAUUAA